AUGCCGGACCAGGACGACUGCUCCUCGUCUCCAAGAAUGGCUCCCGCACGAAGACACAGCAUACCGCGAUAUGAAGACACCGCUGGGCCUCAGCGCAUGUCCGUCAAGACAAGCCAUGACGUCCCUCUCUUGUCGAACAAAACCUCUCCCCUCAACCUUGCGCGACCCCACCAUACCCACAUACCCAAUCAUGACGAACGUGGCUACGACCAGUACAAGGCGCAACGCGACUUUGUCCUGGAAAGGGCAAUCAAGGAGAGAGCACACGACCUUUCACGACACUGGCCGAUUGAUCACAUUGUCCUGGCCAAGAAGCUGAUUAUCCAUUAUAGCCAGAGCAAGUUGUCGCAGCAGGAGCUUGCCGAUCUGCAAAAGGCCACACAUUUCGACAAGAAGGAGUUGCAGCAGUGGUAUAAAGGCUUUCUGAAGGACUGCCCUUCUGGCAUGCUCACGAAAGAGGAGUUUCAGAAGAUCUACAAACAAUUCUUCCCGUUCGGUGAUCCGUCAAGUUUUGCAGAUUACGUCUUCAACGUCUUCGAUGCGGACAAAUCAGGAUCGAUCGAUUUCAAGGAGUUCAUUUGCGCUCUCAGCGUGACAAGCAGAGGAAAGAUGGAAGACAAAUUGGACUGGGCGUUCCAGCUGUACGAUAUUGAUGGCGACGGCAAGAUCAGCUACGAUGAGAUGCUAGCGAUUGUCGAGGCAAUCUACAAAAUGGUCGGAUCCAUGGUCAAGCUCCCCGAAGACGAAGAUACCCCUGAGAAGCGCGUAAAGAAGAUCUUCAAGAUGAUGGACAAGGACGAGAAUGGCAGUUUAGAUAUGGCUGAGUUCAAGGAGGGCUCCAAGCGAGACGAGACCAUCGUGUCAGCCCUUUCCCUCUACGACGGUCUCGUCUAA